AUGUUCGACAUUUAUCAAUCAUUGAUGGGAUUUCAAUUAUUUUCUCCUUAUGAUGAAUUAAAGAGGAUUGAUGAAACGCUCCGAUCGCCUCCCCAUGAAUAUGAGAAUCUCCUAAGCAUAUCCACGAAAAGGAAAGCUCUUUCAUCUGAUUUUUUCAAGGCAGAUGUGAAGUUUACGUUCUUUAGUGAUUCUGAUUCUCUUAAAGAGACAUUGAAAUCAAUGGUAUUUACUGAUGAACUUCUCUCUAGGUUUCCCAUAAGAGCGUUGAAAUACCCAAUGCUUCUUGGCCAAAUAUUGCUUUUUGGGUCGAUUGAGGAACUUUGGACCUUUUUCACACUUGGUGAUCAAAACAUUCACGAGCUACUUGAUAUUUUGUGGUCUCAUUUCAUAAAAUUUUUUUAUUUCUGGGUCUGGAAAAGGGAAGCUUUUACUCAAAAAGAGGGAUAUUUGCCUAAAGAACCAUUAGUCGUCACUGUGCAGGACAAAGUUUUUAUUCUCAUCGAGUUUUUCACAGGAUCUCUCUUGUAUGAAGAACAGAAGACAAUUAUGUCUAAAAUUGUAGACAAAAUGACGCAUGGAAGAUUUUAUGUCGUGCAACAGGGAAUGGCUGGGGGAAAACCCGCGCGUUUUGGUCCGGUUGCCGAAAUCUUGGCAACGUCGAUUUUGAGAAAACUGCCUAUCUUCAUUUUUCCCAAUUCUAUCCUCAAUCAGAACAUUAUCCAACUGCAGCGAUGGCUUUUUAACUUUUUCGGGAAAAGAGUUUUCGAAUUCAAAACAGAAAGAUCGGCCUAUGGAUACAGCGAACCCCAAAUAGUGCAGACAUUUUUCCGAAAUUUUGAAAUAUCUUUGAUCCCAUCAGUUAUCAAUAAUCCUGCAUUGGAUAGCGAGACUGUUGUCCAAUCCAUCCAAGAACAGCAAUUUGUUCAAGAGCAGGAAGAGAUUUAUGAAAACCUUGAAGAUCCAAAUGUACCCAUUUCACAGCGUUAUGCAUCUUUUGGAAUAUCUGAUGCCAAACUUCCUAAUCUAAGAGCUAGAUUUAUAAACGAGUUUGCAAAAACUGUUGUUGAUGCGCUUAAUUUAAAUGAUUCAUACACGAAGUAUUCGGUUUUUGUUGAUAUUUUCGGCAAAUAA